AUGUCGUCCAUGCAAUUUAAAGGCGAAUUUUCUUUCGUCAACAAGAAUGCCGAGAACAUUGCUUCUUCUGAUCAUCGCCCUGCCGUUGCGUGGCACGUCAUGCACCGAUAUGAGCCUUACAAGCGCCGUCGGAGGGAGAGAGUAAAGCCAGCUGAGGCAGAAGGCCAGGGUCCUUCGUCAGGGGCCACCACGUCGCCAUCGAGCAGUGAAGAUCAGCGACCGCAGCCGGAGUUGCAAGCCAGCCCUGCCUGGAUCCAGGGUCUCGUUAACUUCGCCCAUCUCGAACUCAUCCCAGCCAUUUCAUCUGACCCGGCUCAAUACGGCGGACUUCUGCUCAGCUGGCACAAUCUAUCCACGGACUCCACCCCCGACUACCACGACAAAGCUUACCUGGCGCUGCUGGCAACUAUCUCAGCAAACGACGAUACGUUACUGUGUACGGCGAGGCAGCUACACACAGAGGCCAUGAGUGAGAUAAGCACCGUUUCUGAUGUCGGCGCGCGACUCUACGUUGCUGUGAUGUCCCUCUUUUUGGUACAAUCAAUUCUUGGCCAAUCAGACACAGCCCGAAACUUGUUGAAGAUGCUCAAGAAUCUCAUCGAGCUCAACGGAGGCAUUGAAUCUCUUGACGUCCCAAUAAGACUGGACGUGCUCUCUUGUGAUACAUUCUUCGCAAUACGACACCAGACUAGGCCGCUAUUCUCCACAAAAACAUGGUCUGCAGGGAAGCUCGCCGAGCCAUACAAACAGAGGCUGGGUACGAAGUUCGAUUUAGCCGACCUGCGGGAAUUCUCCGCCCUCCUCGAAGUCGUGGCGUCACUUUACGAGUUGUUCGAUGUCCGAGCUAGCAUCAGUGACGGCAAGGAUGAUCUUCAGCAAUGGUGCGGACUUAGACGGCUUGAGUGUCUGUCUCGGCUCGCGGACUAUCAGGUCAACCUCACGCUGUACCCGCAUCGCUACAGCUCGGGUCAGGCUGAGCUUGCAAUUUUGGCUGCUGCCCUACUACUCGCGGUCUUGAUGGAAGGAUCUCCAGAACCUGUUCAGCUUGGCCAAACACUGUUGCUCAGACUAAGGGACAGUGUUGCCCGGCUCCAGCCCCAUCAUUUCGCAAGCUAUCCGAAUCUUCUUCGUUCUAUCAUCGAUCUCGGAGCUCUAGCCGAGCAUGUCCUCCCUGUGGACCAGUUCUGGUUCCAGAUGCACGCCGUUGUUUCCAGCCAAAGCAGAUACUCUAUGGGCGUAUUCGACUAUUCGCCGUUGAAACGGGCAGUCGAAAAGGGACCUGGAUUUCGGAUGUUCGAUACGUACCCAGGCCUGUUGCUGUAUGGUGACAUCAGCUGGAGGGUCAAUGAGAAGUCCAAGUAG